AUGAGCAAAUAUAAUAAUCGUGGAAAUACACGAGGCAGAAGCCAUAAUUCCGGUGGUAACCGCCGAGAUAUGCGCGACGCGCAACGUGCCUAUGACCAUUACAAUGACGUCCGAUUUCAGCAAGACUGGAACUACCAACCUGAAGAGUUUGACCCAAAUAGGGUUCAAAAUAAGCAACGGAAGCCUACUGCCCGUUCACAAAAUUUUAAAAAUAGUAACAACAACAAUAGAGGUAAAAAUCAGCCUCCUAAGAGUAAGGAACCUGAACAGACUGUCGUUCCCAGUACUACUGCUACCCCAAAUAGGGAUGAACCUUUAUACGACAUCGGUCCUCACUCAUCACUCUUAGCAGCACAGGAUGUCUAUUGUCAAAAUUUUGAGUAUUCGGGGUUUAUUCCUCUUGUCAACGAGACAUGA